UCGCCCUUCGCGCAGCUCGGGCGCUCCCCGGUCGCCGGUAUUAGAGGCGGUGUGGGACUCCGUGUCCAGUGAUGGAAGAGCUGAGUACGGCUAUCCGUGCCCUGUCAGACAGGUUCACUGUGAUUGAGGCGUCAGUGAGUGCAAUCAACGACCGCCUUGAAGAGCCCAACGCCGGUCGUCGGCACGUGGCUCAGCCAGAACAGGCUAUUGAGCCGACUGAACCCGUGAGUACAGAGGGGUUCGAUUUUGGAUCCUACAGUGAUCUCCAGGCAGAACUAAAGACUGUUCGUGAAGGAGUGGCCAAGAUCAAGUUACCGCAGGACUUGGUCGUUGGAGAUUCCCGCGCCGGCGUGGGGAAGAACGACCUGCCGCGUUUUCAAGUGAUUCAAAGGUGCGCGAGGUUCCAGGAAACCGUUCUUAAGGUUUUGUCAACCGCUUCUGCUACGGAUCCUGUGAUAAACCAACUCACUAUAGUCGCGUUAGCCCAAACCCGUUACUUACAAGAAGAAUAUACCAACUUGCUUGUCUCAAAUCAGUUCGACGAUACGACCGCUCAGCUUUUCAAGACUCUGCAACAAAACCCGGCGGCUUUCCCGCCGGGCGCGGUGGAAAACCUUCAGCGGGCGGUGACGAUCGCCGGGGCGCGGCAGCAGUCACGCCAGGUCAGUCACGUGCCCGACCGUGCCCGCUGGCGCGGUCCGCCGCCGGCGGCCGCGCGGUUCGGCGCGGGCCCAGCGUCGGCUGAUUGGAGGAGCCGCGGUCGACCCGGCCCGGGCUACCCGCAGCCGUCACGUGACCUGUCCCGGCCCGGUCAGCUGCAGCACGGAGCGGGGCCGGGGCCGCACGCCGCUGAGUGACGGGAACCAUGGUGCUUCGGCCGGCGGCCUGGUCGGAUAUCGGCGCGUCUGAUGUGAUCGAGCCACAAUAUCGCAAGUAUUUAGGGUUUCAGUACGGUGGUUCUUGGUCAUCCUGGGAGGCUCGGCUCCUGUGGUCGCCAGGAGCGAGAGAGGACCUGUCGUGGUGGGUGUCCUCCCUCGACGGCUGGAACGGCAGGCUGCUGGUGCCGCCGGCUGUCUGCGAGCUGCAGCUCUUCACCGACGCGUCGGGCUCCGGCUGGGGGGCCGUUCUCUCCACGCCCAGCUGUCAGCUGGCGUCCGGAUUCUGGGAUCAGCUGCUGGACCGGAUGUUCGGGCCGCACACGGUGGACCGCUUCGCGGCGGUUGGCACGGCCCUGUUGCCUACCUACAACAGUCGGUUCGCGGACCCAUGCUCGUCAGGAGUGGACGCGCUGGGGCAGACGGACUGGGGCGCCGAGAACAAUUGGGUAAACCCGCCGUUUCGCCUGAUCCCGAGGGUUCUCGACGUCAUCGAGGCGCAACGUGCCGACGCGACGCUGAUCGCGCCGAUGUGGCCAGGCCAGCCGUGGAUGGCACGCCUCCGACGGCUGUGCACGGCACCGCCGAUCCGGCUGCCGCCGGUGACACGUUCGUGUCUCCCUCUAUCGGAGCAGCAGCGGAUCGAGCCACAUCAGAACCGCAGGUGGACGCUGUGCGCCUGGAGAAUCUCUGGUGCACACGGCUAGAGGCACGAGGAUGGUCGCGAGCCGCUAGCAACUAUUUACGGGUGAGCUUGGCGAGCAGCACACUCGCAACGUAUGACCGAUACAUUCGUGAUUUCUUUGUUUUCUGCGGUGCUCGUGGAGUAUCGUUUCCGCCAGAUGAUUCCGCUGUGCUGGCUGAUUUCUUCAUGCACCGGUGCGGGUCGUCGGACCGGCCGCACUCCACCGUUCGGUGUGUUUCUGCGGCCAUUUCAGCUUUGUAUGAAGCGUUCGGAGCGGAUAACCCUGCUAGGGAUCCGUUCAUUGUGAGUCUCCUGCAGGCCAUCGUUAAAGGGACACUCCCACCUUAA